UACACGCAACGCAAUUCGCUUGUCACAAAAGGCGAAAAUGUUCGGUUCUUCGAGGGUAGGAGGGUCUCGAGGAGGUCAGGACCAGUUCAACUGGGAUGACGUCAAGGUGGACAAACAUCGAGAGAAUUAUUUGGGAAAUUCUCUAAUGGCUCCAGUGGGUCGAUGGCAAAAAGGCAAAGAUCUGACGUGGUACGCUAGAGACAAAAGUGGGCGCACCCGGACCAAAGAGGAGGAGCUCGCCGCUGUCAAGGCUGCAGAACACGAUGCAUUGAUGGCUGCCUUAGGACACAAGGUUAUAAAGAGACAACCCACUGGACUGACCAAAGAGGACUUGGCAGAUAUUUGUAGGAGAGAAGACGACGACGGUGAAGAAAGGAAUGUGGAUCGACUCUCGGGAUUGGGAAGCUCCAGCGCCGGCUCACGGAAAGUGGUUCUCUCCCAGAAGGAGAAGGAGGCUGUUAAAAUGGGGCUGCCAGUUUUUACUCACCAUAAGACUGCGAAUCGUCCGGAAACCUCAACAGCAAAGUCGUCAGAGAUUUCAGAAAAAGGGGAGCUAAAGCAACGUGACGAGAGCAAGAAGAAAAAGAAAGAGAAGAAGAGCAAGAAGGAGAAAAAGAAGAGAAAGAAGAGGCAGAGAAGCGACUCGUCCUCUUCGGAUUCGGAAGACCACAGAAAGAGGCCCCGAAAGGACCACCACCAUCCUAAUCCAUCAUACCACAGUCAGAGUGGAGCCAGACCCCAUGACAGCCAUUCAAGUGGGGGACCAAAGGCACAGCGGCAGCCCCCCCGCCCCCAUCAUCGACAGCAGCGCCACGACACGGACUCCUCCGACGGGGGGUCCCCCGUCCCCCGUAACCCUUCGGGCCACAAGACGGCCUCUGGCGGUGCCGCACAAAGCCGCAGGCGACGCCACGACACAGACUCGGACAGCUAAUGUGCUUCCCCGCCGCCCGGCCCCACCCGCUCAUAAAGACGCUCUUCAGAAGCUUGACCGCUCCUGAAGACUUCAUUUACUUAAUGGAGGCUUUUAUUACCCCAAUUACUAUUUUUUUUUUUU